AGUGUUCACAAGCGGCGCGAGCGCAGCAGAGGAGUAGAAGCUUCGUUUUCGUCAAAGGAAAAAAGUUCAUUUUUGAAGCGUCACACGCGAUAAAAGUGGCCUUUUUGUCCGCUGGGAGCAGGAGUGUACCCGUGACCAUGGAUGAGUGGGUUUAAGGAGCUGAAAUGGGCGCUGUGCUGCUGCUGCUGUGUUUGGUCUCGGCGGUUUACGGCUCCCCUGUCCUCCUCUUUGCCAACCGUCGGGACGUGCGAUUGGUGGAUGCUGAGGGCGUGCGGGGUGAGUCGGCUGUUGUCGUAAGUGAGCUGGAGGACGCGGCGGCGGUGGACUUCCUGUAUGCUGAAGGUCUGAUAUUUUGGACAGACGUCAGUGAGGAGGCCAUCAAACAGACGCACUGGAAUCAGUCGUCCAACUCCCUUAAAGAGGCUCUGGGAACUGGCCAGACUGUGGUGGUGUCAGGUCUGGACAGUCCUGAUGGACUGGCCUGUGACUGGCUGGGCAGAAAACUCUACUGGACCGACUCUGACACCAAUCGAAUUGAAGUGGCUAACCUGGAUGGCACCUCCAGGAAGGUCUUGUUUUGGAUGGACUUGGACCAGCCCAGGGCAAUCGCACUCAACCCUGCUCAGCGCUACAUGUACUGGACGGACUGGGGGGAGGAGCCUCGGAUUGAGCGUGCUGGGAUGGAUGGCAGCAACAGGAAGGUGAUUGUGGACGUGGACAUUUACUGGCCCAACGGUCUGACCAUUGACCUGGUGGAGCAGAAGUUGUACUGGGCGGACGCGAAGCUGAGCUUCAUCCACAGAGCGAACCUGGAAGGAUCUGCACGUGAGACGGUGGUGGAGGGCACGCUGACACACCCCUUUGCACUGACCCUGUCCGAGGAGACGUUAUACUGGACUGACUGGCAGACCCGGUCCAUCCACGCCUGCAACAAACACAAUGGAGAAAAAGCCAGAGAGAUCCUCAGCGAUAUUUAUUCUCCCAUGGACAUCCAAGUACUGGAACAACACCGGCAGCCCUACAUCCACACUCCGUGCAGUGAGAGUAACGGCGGCUGCAGUCAUCUCUGCCUGCUGUCUCCAGUCCAGCCUUUCUACAGCUGUGCCUGUCCCACUGGAGUCCAGCUGAAGCCAGACGGAACAACAUGCAAACCUGGGCCAGAGCAGGUGUUGCUGCUGGCUCGCCGGACCGACCUCAGGAGAAUCUCACUGGACCUGCCGGACUUCACCGACAUCGUGUUAAAGGUUGAUGACAUUCGACACGCCAUCGCCAUAGACUACGACCCGGUUGAUGGUUUGGUCUACUGGACAGAUGAUGAGGUUCGGGCCAUUCGGCGUUCCAAUAUCAACGGCAGCAAUGCAGUGAUGCUGCUAACCACAGAGAUCAAGAACCCGGAUGGCAUCGCUGUGGACUGGGUAGCCAGAAACCUGUACUGGACUGAUACCGGAACUGACCGGAUCGAGGUAACAAGGCUGAAUGGGACCUCUCGCAAAAUUCUCAUUUCUGAAAACCUGGAUGAACCCAGAGCCAUCGUCCUGGACCCCGUUAACGGUUACAUGUACUGGACGGACUGGGGCGAGCACCCAAAGAUCGAGCGGGCCAACCUUGACGGGUCGGACCGGCUGGUUCUGCUGAACACGUCUCUGGGUUGGCCUAACGGACUGGCUGUGGACCACGCUGCAGGAAAACUGUACUGGGGAGACGCCAAAACUGACAAAAUAGAGGUGAUCAAUGUGGACGGCAGCAACAGACAGACUCUGCUGGAGGACAAACUGCCUCACAUCUUUGGUUUCACUCUGCUCGGUGAUUACAUCUACUGGACUGACUGGCAGAGACGCAGCAUCGAGCGAGUCCACAAGACGACGGCCAUACGAGAGAUCAUCAUCGAUCAACUACCGGACUUAAUGGGACUGAAGGCCACGAAAGUGACGGAGACGUACGGUACAAAUGGCUGCGCGGUGGAUAACGGCGGGUGCAGCCACCUGUGUUUCUGGUGUCUGCGGGCUGUCAGAUGUGCCUGUCCAAUGGGGAUGGAGCUUUUAUCAGACAUGAAGACCUGUGUGGUUCCUGAGGCCUUCCUGCUCUUCACCAACAGGGACAACAUCAGAAGCAUCUCGUUAGGAACCACCAGUAACGACGUGGCCAUUCCACUGACGGGUGUCAAAGAGGUGUCAGCUCUCGACUUUGACGUCUCUGAAAGGAGGAUUUACUGGACGGAUGUCCAGGUUAAGAGGAUUAGCAGAGCGUACAUGAACGGCAGCUCGGUUGAACAAGUCAUCGAGUUUGGACUGGACUACCCAGAAGGUAUGGCAGUGGACUGGAUGGGCCGAAACAUCUACUGGGCUGAUACAGGAACAAACCGGAUUGAGGUGGCUCGGCUGGAUGGACAGUAUCGUCAGGUUCUGGUCUGUAAGGAUCUGGACAACCCACGCUCACUGGACAACCCUCGAUCCCUCGCGUUGGACCCCGCGAGUGGCUACAUGUACUGGACGGAGUGGGGGGGUCGACCUCGCAUAGCCCGAGCCUACAUGGACGGCAGCACCAUGGUAACCCUGGUGGACAAAGUGGGUCGAGCCAACGGACUCACCAUCGACUAUGUGGACCAUCGCUUGUACUGGACUGACCUGGACACGUGCAUGAUUGAAAGCACCAACAUGCAAGGCCUUCAGAGGGAGAUUAUUCUGGAUGACCUCCCCCACCCCUUCGGGCUGACCCAGUACCGCGAUUUCAUCUACUGGACAGAUUUUAACCUGCGGAGCAUCGAGCGAGCAGAUAAACGCAGCGGACUGAACCGCACCGUGGUACUGCAGGGUCAGCUGGAGCUGAUGCUGGACAUCCUGGUGUUCCACUCCUCCCGUCAGGACGGGACCAAUGAAUGUUCCCAUAACAAUGGAAACUGCGCUCAUCUCUGCCUGGCCACGCCCGCUGGAGCUCAGUGCCGCUGCGCCUCCCACUACACCCUGAACCCGGAUGGACGGAACUGCAGCUCUCCGUCAAGUUUUCUGCUGUUCAGUCAGAAGGCCAGUAUCAGCCGGAUGGUUCUGGGCGAGCAGAGUCCAGACAUCAUCCUGCCCAUCCACAUCCAGAGGAACGUGCGAGCUGUCACCUACGACCCACUGGACCGCCUGGUCUACUGGCUGGAUGGACGCCAGAACAUCCGCAGGGCCAGAGAUGAUGGCGCCAUGUCUGUAGUUGUGAGCGGCAGCGGUGGUUUGUCGGUGGAAAACCAGGUUCACGACCUGAGCCUGGAUGCCUACAGCCGCCAUGUUUACUGGACCUGUGAGACCACCAACACCAUCAACGUUCAGCACAUGGAUGGACACAGCGUGGGCGUGGUCUUGAGAGAUGACACCGACAAGCCUCGGGCCAUCGUGGUCAAUGCAGAGAAAGGGUACAUGUACUUCACCACGGUGCAGGAGCGCUCGGCUAAGAUCGAAGGAGCCAGUUUGGACGGGACCGAGAGGGAGUCUCUCUUCACCACUGGUCUCAUCAGACCCGUGGCUUUGGCUCUGGACAAUAAACUGGGAAAACUGUUCUGGGUUGACGCCGACCUGAAACGCAUCGAGAGCAGCGACCUCACAGGAGCCAAUCGCAUCGUGCUGCAGGACUCCAACAUUCUCCAGCCGAUGGGCCUGACGGUUCUGGGUGACCACGUGUACUGGAUCGACCGGCAGCAGCAGAUGAUUGAGAGGGUGGACAAACUAACCGGAGACAAACGCACCCGAAUCCAGGGACGGAUCUCUUUCCUGACCUCCAUCUACGCUGUGGAGGAGAUGGACUCUCAGGAGUUUGCCUCCCACCCUUGUUCCCGUGACAACGGUGGCUGUUCCCACAUUUGCAUCGCUAAGGGUGACGGCACACCUCGAUGCUCGUGUCCCAUGCACCUGGUUUUACUGCAGGACCUGCUGCACUGUGGAGAGCCGCCCACCUGCUCCCCAGAGCAGUUUGCCUGCUCCACGGGGGAGAUCGACUGCAUCCCCGUGGCGUGGCGCUGUGACGGCUAUGCAGAAUGCGACGAUGGCAGCGAUGAGGAGAACUGCCCCGUCUGCUCGGCCUUCCAGUUCCGGUGUGAUAAAGGAGGCUGCAUCGACACGCAGAGACGCUGCAACGGCGAGCCGGACUGUGCCGAUCACUCUGACGAGCACGACUGUGACACCAUCUGUCCUCCGAACCAGUUUCGCUGUGGAGACAAUCAGUGUAUCACAAAGAAGCAGCAGUGUGAUAAUUAUUCCGACUGCCCCGACGGCUCGGACGAGCUCGCCUGCGAGUUACUAGCUCCGCCCUCCAGCGACCUCCCUCCCAGCUCCUCCACUAUCGGCCCCGUCAUCGCCAUCAUUCUGCUCGUCUUCGUCAUCGGGGGCGCGUACUUUGUCUGCCAGCGUGUGGUCUGCCGCCGCUACAAGAGUCCCAGUGGGACUUUCCCUCAUGAGUACAUCAGCGGUACGCCUCACGUUCCGCUCAACUUCAUCGCACCCAGCAGCUCGCAGCAUGGCACCUUCCAGGGUAUAUCUUGUGGAAAGUCCAUCAUGAGCUCAGUCAGCCUGAUGGGCAGCAGCAGCAGCGGAGCGCCACUCUACGACAGGAACCACGUGACCGGAGCCUCAUCCAGCAGCUCCUCAUCCACCAAGGGAGCCUUCUACCCGCAGAUCCUGAACCCGCCUCCGUCCCCAGCCACUGACCGCUCGCUCUACAACAUCGAAGUCUACUCGUCCAACAGUCCAUCCACCACAAGGUCCUACAGGCCCUACCACCCGGUCCGUGGUGCCGCCCCGCCCACCACGCCCUGCAGCACUGACGUCUGCGAUAGUGACUACACCCCCCAUCACCCGCCCGCUGGCCUGUCGUCAUCAGCUGGCCGUUGGAAAGCUGCCGGCCAUGCUGCGCACGGCAAACACAACAAAUACUACAUGGACCUGAACUCAGACUCAGACCCGUACCCACCGCCGCCCACGCCGCGCUCCCAGUAUCUGUCCGCUGAAGAGAGCUGCCCUCCGUCACCCUCCACUGAGCGCUCUUACUUCCACCUGUGCCCGCCUCCUCCCUCGCCCUGUACCGACUCAUCGUGACCUUCCAACACGGCCGCACAGUGCUGCCGCCAAGGAAGAGACAAAACCCCAGAACUGGACUCAACUGGUCCGGUGGCCGGCGAGCCCCCACCCACCCCGGCCACUUCACACGUGCUGCAUUAACGAAGCUUCUUCAGUUGCUCAACGGCACCAAGCCUGUCUGUGAAGGUUUCAGCAUUCCAGUGAAAUGUGUCCCAGCAUUCAUUCAAGUUCACAGUUUGCGUCGCAGUGCUGAAAGGCAGUGGUGACGAACGUCCAACACAAUGAUUAUAAAGACACUGUGCAAAGGAACCGUCGCUAAAAUAGGAUUAAAAAAAACAAACAAAAUAUCCGUCCAGAUCAAAGCUGCAAAUCUGUCCUGAAUAUAAGACGCCACUAAAAAUGGAAUCCAAAACUUCCAAGGAGGUUCUGGGACAGUUGACAUAUUUGGACCUGACCUGAAGGAGGACCAGAAAAACAUUUCCUUCCUGUGCUGCUCCACAUUUCACGUGCAUCACAUCAACAUACCGCCACAUAACCGCUGAGAAUGUACCGCUGUCAGUGGGUGGGCGGAGCUUAGCAUGUCCCUAAGGACUGAUGGACAGCAGAUCUUCACUCUGCAGGCUUUAUGGGCACCAAACACAUUCAUGACCUCUUCUUUAUUUUGAUGAAGUUUGGUUACUGUUGCACGCUGGAAUUGUGGUACAGCGGCCCCCCCGGUGGUUUAAAAGGAAAAAACAUGAUGACAGAGUGUUUAUCCAAAAACUGAUCUCUUGUGGUCUUUCCAGAACUGGAAGCCACAAACAGACGGGCCGGAACCACCAGUCUGAAGCUGACACUGCCGCCGCACCGCGACCCAUUGCUCCUUCCUUCCCAACAGCGCCUCUGCUGGCAGGACUGUAUAUAGUGUUAAAAUAAUCUGAACAAAAGUCAAUUAGAGAGCAAUUAUUUGACUAUUUUAUUCAUGCUUCCUGAUGUGUGAAUGUGUGAGCGAGUGAUGAAUGAAAUCUGCCUGAGAUCAAAGUGUGAAAUGUUUAUUUUUCAAUUUAAGACUCUUUAUAGGUUAAAAUUAUAUUUUGUGUGGUUAAAGAUCAAAAAGUGACACAAACCGAUUUCGAGGUGUGACUCUCGUGUACAUAGUUGUAAUGAAGUUAAUGUUUUGGGUUCUUUUCCAUUUUGAUUGUUACCAAAAGUCUGUUUGCUGCUAUUGUGUAAAUAUGACAAGAUACGUAAAUGCGAAAAAACAUCCGCCGUUAGCUCCCGUCAUCAUCAUGAAGCUAUUUUAUAGCCGAUUCAUCCAGAAACUUUUGUUUGUGUUCCUGAGUUUGUUGUUUGCUUUGAAGGAGUUUAUCAUCUGAAAACAAACAAAAUCAAAAAAUCAAGAACACAAUCAAAACAAACAACAUAAAAUCACUUUAUGUGCAAAAACUAAAAGUGAAGCCUAAUUUUAAGAUCACAUGAUGCAAAAACUGAUUCAAAUGGUUUUUGUUUUUAUCAGAAUUUGUUGCUGGUUUGUUACCAGAAUUACUCAGAAACUAAAUAAAAAUGAAUAAAUGGUGUUUUUUUUAAUUGGUUUCUUACGUUUUUGAACAACUCUUAAGUCAUCUUUUGUAGAGUUAAUGAGACAGACGUUUUUACUUAUAUUUCACUCAUAAUUCCCAAAAUAAACUAAAUAAAUUCAGAUUAAAUAAACAAACAUAUGAUACAAAAUCUGAUAAAAAUGUUGAAUUAUUUAUUUUUUAAUUCAGAAUAUUAACGUAUUGUUUAGCUGCUGGUUUGUUAACAGAAUUACACAAAAACUAAACCAAUUCAGCAAAUUUUAUAAAAUUUGGGUUAAAUUUUGAAGAACUCUUU